AUGAUCCAUCCGGUGCCCGCGGACAUCCCUGACGCCGCUCGGAGCACGAUUUCAACAAGAAGCUCUUCCUAUUUCAAUCGUUGGUUUCUCAAGUUGUCACGAUGGUGGCCGGCUAUUAACAUGAGUUAUCGUGGCGGUCAAUACUCAAUCGAGCGAGCUCUUGCACUGGACGAGUACACACAAACACACUCUCGACUACACGCCAUACUCGUGUGUGUUACGCUUUUCCUGCCUGCCGAAUGUCUCAUUAUAGCCCAAGAAGCUGUACCGCUUGAAGAUCCUGCACUAGGAUGGCGAGAGAAUUUCGGAUUCUGGGUCCGUGCUGCGAUGGUGAUCGGAGCUGUGCUUUAUACGGCCACUAUUCAAGCCAAAUAUCUCCUCCAAGACUUCGUUAUAUCCUAUCGUCAACUUCUGGUUCUGUUAAUUUGUGUGGUGGUCGUGCAGAUGAUUGUGGCGGUAACAUUUGCGGCGAAUGUUUGGUUCCCGAUCCCGUUCACUGUAAUUACACUGGUGCCAGCCUUUUACGUCGUAUCAUUCACUUCAAUUUGUGUGGUGUUAGGGAUCCCUGUCAUGCGAAAGGUAUUACGACACAAAAAGCGACUUUUUCGCUUUGGAUGUUUCAUCGCAGCACAACAGUUCAUGGCUGUCAUCUACCCAGCGUAUCAAGUUUUAUUCCACGCUGUGAACUCUGCCAGUUAUCAACUGCCAGUGAUCUUGCUACUUCCUGUUAUUAAACUGAUUGUGAAGAACAUUGCGCUGCGUUGUGUAACUCACAUGGAGGACAUGAUGCCCGAGGCUGUGAUUUUUACUGUUGAUUUUUUCAAUGCAUUGUACAUGGCUACAAGCAUGGAGAGUGCGACGUCAACGUCGACAGUUGUAGUUAUUGUACUAAUCGACAUUAUCCAGCCGGCUACUGUAUUAUUCCGAUUACAUCGACGAACAUCUACUAUUUCAUCGAGAUUGAAGGAAGCGGUGGGAAAUUUCGACAAAGACGUAUCUUUCUUAACUGAUGCUUGUCAGAUUCUUAGGUGCGGGGACAAGUUUGAAAGACAAAACAGACAGAAAAUAACAAUUCGCUCGUGUCUCCGACACAGCCUCUCAUCAGACAAGCGGGAACUUCUUAACCGGCUGGAGAUAAUUCCUCGAAUCAAUAGCUUACAGAUGCGGAGGCGGUCUGCUCCGCAUAAUAAACCAGUUGAGGCUAAGAAAGACGCUGACUUUGAAAAGUACCGCAAGUUCAGCAAAGGGGCCACGUGGGUUGAACGUCGUGAAAGCAGAAAUGGCCCUUCAAAAGAAUCUGAAUUGCGACCCAGCAUACUGAACGAAAACGUUGUGGUGAAGCAAGACAGAGGAAUCCUCCGAGAGUCUCUCGAAGCCAUGUUCACUGUGGAGUGCAUUCUGUUGAGUGCAUUUCUGGACGCUUCUGUUCCACUUUUCUACGGGAUUUUCAUGUACGUGAUGGUGAAUUUCCAGAGUGCCAAAUAUCAUUCCGAACUAGCUGGAGUUACGACCGAGACGAUCGGUGACGUGGUCGAUUCCAUUUUUGUGUUCGCGAUCGUGGAGCUCAUUGCAUUGGCUCUGCUCGCAAUGGUGAUCUAUCGAAAUUUAGGGAUGAAUGCUACGUAUCAUCUGGCGUUCGUGUUUGAAACACAGACUGAACUAAUUCAGAGCAAGCUGCUUGGAUGGGUGACGAUGACGCUCGCAUUUCGUGUAGUGCAUUUCGGCGUCGACUUUACCUUCAAGUUCGCAUGGCUAUCAAAUUUAAACGUGUAA